UUCCGUCGUAACGCAUGCGUAUUUGAUUCGGAGCAAAAAUCAGAAUUAGUCCAACGGAAUCCCGGAAAGUAGUGAGACACGGCGGUGCCGUUGUAUAAAAUCAUAAGCAGGGCUGAUUAAACUGUCAAGACGUAGUCUCGUACAAGUUAUUCACGCGUUUAAAAAGUGUUGCGGCUAAUCGUCCCUGGGAUACGGUCGACAGUCAAGCAGGAUGGUGAAGCCUGAGCAAGUUUUAAUUAUCGAACCGCAAAGCGAACUGCGGUUCAGGGGCCCGUUCACAGGAUCAUCAGUCACAUCUUAUAUAAAAUUAACUAAUCCAUCGAAUCACAAAGUUUAUUUUAAAAUAAAGACAACUGCACCUAAAAGGUAUUGCGUACGUCCUAAUUGUGGAACUGUUAGACCAAACCAAGUCACUCAAAUAGCUGUGACUCUGCAACCAUUUGAUUUUGAUCCAGCAGAAAAAAAUAAACACAAAUUUAUGGUACAAGCUUUAAUAGCUCCGGAUGACGAUGAUGAAGACUAUUCCGAUGUGUGGAAAGACACAAACCCAGAUCAAUUAAUGGAAUCUAAAUUAAAAUGUGUAUUUGAAAAUCCUGUAACUAAUACAACAACUGCUAAAAGUCCUUCAACUGCAACAACGACUAAAACGGAAGUGAACACAAAUAAUGGUAAAAACAAAGGAGUUGGUGAUUCUGUUAAGUCAUCACCAAAGAUUCUUGGGGAAACAGAAGAAAAAUUAAUAAAAGCAGCACAGGAAGUGAAUCAGCUCAGGGUAGAAGAGAGCACUCUUAGGCAGGAAAAUCUUCAAUUGAAGGAGGAUUUAUUGAAAUUACAAAACGCGGCAUUGGGUAACGAUGCUACUUUAAUAGCGGCUAGAGGUUUGACCUCACCAAGCAGUAGCCAAUUGUCACCAAUUCCUACCAGCGUCCUCAUUGCUAUUGUCAUGGCCAUUCUAGGAUAUGUGCUGGGAAAAUUGAUCUGAGCAGCCAUUACUUUACCGCAUAACUUGGCACAUCCCUUCUUCCCCUGUGUUCCUUAGCCUGCCCUCUGCUACCAUAUACCAUGUACUGAUCGUAAGGAUCGAAACCAGUCAUUGUAUUACACGGUUGUUCAUAAUAAAUAUUAUAAACAUGAACGGGUAGUGGUUUACAAUAAUAGAGUUAUCAGCUGCAGGAGUGUGCUUAUAUUUUGGUAAAGCGACCGAAAUUGAAAUCCUCUUUUAAGAAAUAAUCGCAGUGCUCGAAUGGUUACUGUUGGAGUCUCGGCGCAAAACUUUAUGACAGAUUUUGUUAUUAUGUAUUAGAAAGAAAAAAAAACGUACUAUUAGUUUAAAUAGAAAAUUAUAAAUAAAAAUAAAGUAUUAUAUAUUCACAUUUAUAAAUCGCUUUUGUUUCUAUAUUUCUUACAAAAGGAUUUUCGGUUUACAUAUAGGCUUACGAUUGUAUCAUUGAAAUCAUGUUGUCACUAAGUGAAUUAUGUAUAGGAUACAAACAAAUUUAUUAAAUACAAUUCCUUUAAACGAACAUAUACGAUUCAAAAGAAAGUAAAUUCUGUUGUCUUGAGAAUUGUUGGAUUCUCGUAUGAAAGCAGAAUCCGAAUCUUUUUUUUUCUCUUCAACAUUCUCAGCGGUACUUAACAAUCACACGAUGUAAGAUUGUACAUAAUGUAUCCAUUUUAAAAUAAUGUAUUAAUGUCUAACAUAUAGUCAGGAGGGGAAGGGGGGCUGGCUGAAUUGGUAGUGGUCUAUGACUCAGACAUUGGACACGCUGGCUUUAUCCAUCAGUAAUGGUAUAUCACUUAAGGAGUUAAUGCAUUAAUGUUUUUGACGCUUCAGUGUAUUUUUAUUUCUUUAUGUUUAUCUUAUAAAAAUUCGAAAUAAAGAUGUCAGAUGGCGAAA